AGAGGCGGGAGGGGGGAGUCUGCCUGAAUGAUCUCAUCCCUCCAGCAGCUGCAUAGCGCAGCGAGGCAAACCCGUAACUUUCUAUCAAACUUCCAAGUUGCCUUUCGGGGGGGAAGACAUCGGCGCAUUUUCGGUUCGAACCGGAGCGAACACGUUCCCCCGCGGAGGUAAAGGAAAGGGCGCUGCGCAGCUUGUGUUUCGGACCUUGUUACGAGUUGAAACAAAAGGAGGAAAACCCUGCUUCGCGUUGUGUGACAACCAAAAAGCUCGAGGCAGAAAGGCGAGAAGGAUCAUAUGUUUGCAGGAGGAAACAUGCCAAGUAGCAGUGUCGACACAGUUGAGGAAGCCGUAUGCAGGCUUGAGUGCUGAAGAGGUGGCCUUGCCCCUUCCAUUUUUCUGCCUCUUCACUUGUGGAUCAAGACAAUCAACCUGCUCAUGAGGUCAGGGAGCUGUAUCCCAUACCAGAGGCAGCCAUGUCUCCCUGUUAAGUGCCUUUAGCCUUUGGCACUGGUGUCAUGACCAGCCUGAAGCGCCCACCCAUGGAGCGCACCGUUGGGGGUUCCAUCCCCGCUACUGAUGAGUUUUACACCCGCCACCUCCGUAUGGUGAAUGGAGGGGCUAUGUCAACCCGCACAGACAAUGUCCAUGCCACUGUGAGCACAGGAGUGCCUAAAAUGGGUGUACGGGCUCGGGUGGCUGACUGGCCCCCAAGAAAAGACAUUGCAGGGGUUGUGUGGCAUUCAACUACAGAGCCUGAGAACUCUAGCGUUCCCUCUGCUGGAAAAAGUCACAUUAAGUUAGGCUCUAUAAUGAGCCCUCAGGACUCGUCAAUGCUGCGUAACAUCCACAACACUUUGAAGAAUCGUACCCAGGCUUCAGCUAACAACUACAGCCCUGACACCCGUUACCUAGCCCCAGGAGACUACCGAGGUCCAGCACAUAGAAACCCACGACAGAGACGCAUCCGUCAGCGCAGCAACAGUGACAUGACUAUCAGUGAGAUGGACGGCAGUGGAGACAGUGGAGAGGACUGGGGUCCUCCAUCGGGAGCCAAAUGGUCCCCUCUUCAUCGGGAAUAUGGUAGCACCUCCUCAAUAAAUCAGCAUGGUGCAUCCGGAGAGAGCUUCUUUGAAAUGCUUAAGGGCUAUCAAGGGGACAAAGUUGACCAGCGUAGCCCUGCUCCAGAGAAACUGGAGGACAUGCUGAAUGUUGGGCCCAAGCAGGCCAGCAUUGAUCUACAGGAGGACGCCACAGACAGCCAGCCUCCUAAAUCCAAGGACAGAGAUAAGCCCCCAAAGAGAAGAACUAAAUCUGAGACGGGGGGUGAGUCUAUAUUCCGUAAACUUCGCAACGUACGAGGCGAGUCGGAUUCCCCCAGAGCGGGAUCAGACGUAGAGGACAGCCGGACUGAGGACAUGGGCCCCCCUCUGAAGCCCUGGAUGUGUCAGAAAGGCUUUGCCCACUACGAUGUUCAAAGUAUGCUGUUUGACCUCAACGAAGUUACUCAGUUGCGACAGAUUGCAGGCAAGAGGAAAAACACCACCACAGGGGCAUCUGCUGCUGCUGUAGCCUCUGCUACCUCCACCCUCUCGUCCACACACAGCCUGCCUUACAGCUCCCCGAGUGGCAGCCAGGAAGAGCUCAGUUCUAGGGACAGUCCUGGUCUGGAUGCAGGGGACGAACAGAGCAACGAAAUGCUGCUAAGCUGCCCUUGCUUCCGCAAUGAGAUAGGUGCUGAUGGCAAUGGGAGGCGCAGAUUGGGAGCAGGUGGGGCAGGGUAUCAUGGGCUUGUGGGUGGUGGAGCAGGUAACAGUGGCUCAGAGAGUCUGAUUGGGGAAGUAAGCAUGUAUGAAACAUCUGUGAGCACGCACUGCACAAACGCUGGAGUAGCAGUGCUAGAGGGGCCGAAGGAAGGCCCCAGUACGCUCAGCGAAAAGGGCAAACAAUACAUUGUGGAGCAUGUGGACCUGGGAGCGUACUACUACAGGAAGUUCUUCUACCUUAGGGAGCACUGGAACUACUUUGGGAUGGACGAGGCACUGGGUCCAGUGGCAGUGAGCUUGCGCAGGGAGAAGCUGGAGGAAGACAAGGAGCAUGGCCAGCAGUAUAACUACCGCCUCAUCUUCAGAACCAGCGAGCUGACAACUCUUCGAGGUUCUAUCCUGGAGGAUGCAGUGCCUUCCACAUCUAAGCACGGCACCACCCGAGGGCUGCCCAUCAAAGAGGUACUGGAGUUCCUUCUCCCUGAGCUGGAUCUGUCCUGCCUCAGACUGGCCCUCAACACACCCAAAGUCACAGAGCAGCUGAUGAAACUGGAUGAACAAGGGCUGAGUUUUCAGGUGAAGGUGGGGGUGAUGUACUGCCGAGCGGGCCAGAGCACUGAGGAGGAAAUGUACAACAACGAGACGGCUGGCCCCGCCCUGGAAGAGUUCCUCCAACUAUUGGGGGACAAGGUUCGCCUCAAGGGCUUCACCAAGUACAGAGCCCAGCUGGACACCAAAACGGAUUCCACAGGCACCCACUCCCUGUACACGACUUACAAGGACUAUGAGCUCAUGUUCCAUGUGUCGACUCUGCUGCCUUACACACCCAACAACAAACAACAGUUGCUGAGGAAGCGCCACAUAGGGAACGACAUAGUGACCAUCGUGUUCCAGGAGCCCGGUGCUCACCCCUUCACCCCCAAGGCCAUUCGCUCUCAUUUUCAACAUGUCUUCAUCAUCGUACGAGUGCACAAUCCGUGCUCCGACAACACAUGCUACAGUGUGGCUGUCACCCGUUCCCAGGACGUUCCCUCAUUUGGCCCACCAAUCCCUAAGGGCGUGACCUUCCCCAAGUCCACUGUCUUCAGGGACUUCCUGUUGGGCAAAGUCAUCAACGCCGAGAACGCAGCACACAAGUCAGAUAAGUUUGGUGCCAUGGCAACACGCACACGGCAGGAGUAUCUGCGGGACUUGGCAGAGCGUCAUGUGACCAGUACUCCAGUGGAACCCACUGGGAAGUUCCCCUUCAUCUCUCUGGCACACAAACGGCGGGAGAAGGUGCGUCCAUACAGUGGGGCGGAGCUUCGGAGCCUGGGAGCCGUGACCUGGCAGGUUCAUGCUGAAGAUCAGGUAGCCGGUGCUGAACGGGAAUGCCUGUUGGCCAUUUCAAAUGACUUCAUCAUCCUGUUGGAUCAAGAGGCCAAAACUGUGGUUUUUAACUGCGCCACGCGUGAUGUGAUUGGUUGGUCAACGGGGAGCCCCGCCUCCAUGAAGAUCUACUAUGAGCGUGGCGAGAGUGUAUCACUGCGCUCCAUCAAUAACAACACAGAAGACUUUGGAGAGGUUGUCAAAAGACUGGAGCUGUUGACCAAGGGUAGUCAGACCACAGAGAUGACCCUGCGCCGUAAUGCCCUGGGCCAGCUGGGCUUUCACGUCAACUUUGAGGGCAUUGUCGCUGAGGUGGAGCCCUAUGGUUAUGCUUGGCAGGCGGGGCUCAGGCAGGGCAGCCGAUUGGUGGAGAUUUGCAAGGUCUCAGUGGCCUCACUGUCUCACGAGCAGAUGAUCGACCUCCUCAGAACCUCUGUGACUGUCAAGGUGGUCAUCAUUCCCCCUCAUGAGGACUCCACACCACGCAGAGGCUGUUCAGAAAUCUACCACAUGCCCCUUGUGGAUUACAAGAACCACAAGGAGGGCAUGCCCUAUGAGUUAAAGUUCCCCUUCCGCCCCACCAACAACAACAAGUGGCCACGCACCUCCUCCAGCCCUCAAACACGCGCUGCUGGCACAGGGGGAACACUGAUCAAGGCUCCUCCUUCAGACUUCAGUGACCGCAACUCUGCUGCUAUUCCCCGAAGUGUGUCCAGCGACGGGCGACCCCUCAACCCCAAAAGAUAUUCCCCAGGGAACGACAACUACGCUCUGGCCUGCUCCAUCGUGAUGGGUCGCACACUGCACAACACAAACUCCCCCUCCAGCCACUCCUACACAGACACCAACCACUGGAGGCAGAAGUCUAUGCCCGAUGGGUUUAAUAACAACAACUGCCAGUCCCCUGUGUCAUCUGUGCGGCAUGCAGCAGGUGAGGGAGUCAAUGGGGUCAAAGCGUGCUCUAGCACUGGUGUUGGAUGGUCCCGAACUGGGGAGGGAGAGGUGGCCAGCAGACUGGGGGAUAAAACCAGUACAGACACUGUGGUUUCCAAGGCUGUGAUUCCUCGCCUCCAGCCGUCAGAGCAGAGCAGCCACAUGUCUCCCAACAAAAGCACUAAGCCGGACGCUCCGUAUUCAUCCAGCCAGUCAAGCAGCAACACACUCUCGAGCAACGCCUCCAGCUCCGCCCACAGCGAUGAGAAGUGGUACGAAGUGGGCUCACGUUCAGGAGUGCGGAGUGAUCUUGAGCUCAACGGCUAUCUUCAGGGCGCCUCCACUGACAGCGGCAUUGAUGCCACCUCCUUCACUGCCACGCAAAGCAGCACAGCUUCCUCCACUGGGGCCUUCAGGGCCAAAGACAAAAUCUCUUGGCAAGAAGACCCGGGAGGCAGCCAGAGGGCCACAGACACUCCACCUCCGACAUCAGACUCUCUGGUCACCAUUGGAGGCAGUGAAAUCCCAGCGAAGAGUCCAUCUGCCUUUCCCCUAGUUCCUGAUAAUGGCUCCUACAACCUGAGUGAUGCCGCCUCCCACUCCAGCACUCUCAGUUCUGGCCACUCAGGCAGUCCGAUGGGACAGGGCUGCAGCCCUGUGUCACCACAAGACGAGGCAGCUGCUGAGGCCACCUCACCCACGUCCCAGAACUGUCAGUCCCCAGGGAGCAAGAGUUUCUACCCCCGUCAAGGAGCGACCUCGAAGUACCUGAUUGGCUGGAGGAAACCUGGGGGAACUGUCAACUCUGUGGACUUUGGCAGCACUCGCAAAAGGCACCAGAGUGAUGGUCUGCUCGGUGGUCAGCCACAGCUCAGGGCUAAUCUCCGGGGCUCCCAGUCGCCCCAGCGGCACACUGCCAAGUCCAGCCUGGAAGAAGAUUUGAAGAAGCUCAUCACACUUGACAGCCCUCCACCUACUACAAGCGAAGAGAAGCCAUUGUUUCCAGGUCCACCACCCACUCGUCGCUCCCUCCAGAGAACCCUGUCAGAUGAGAGUAUUUAUGGCGGGCAGAGGGAGCCAUCCUCCAGUGGACAGCGUGACACGCCUACCGACCUUCUGUUCAGCUGCUCCACCAUGCCACGCUCACCCACCACUCGCCAUGGACCAAGCCGGCGAGCCUCACACAAAUCGCUGGGAGACCUGUCAGCCCCAGAGAGCUCAGAGCUGGAGCAGGAGAGGAAGAGACAGCAGCUGCAGGACCCUGUCCUCAUGCCCCUGCCUGACACUGGGGCAGAUGGCCCACUGGACUGGGCUCACCUGGUAGACGCUGCCAAGGCCUUUGAGGAGCAGAGGCUGGUCUUCCUAGCAGCCCAAGAGGAGAGCUCCAUGGCUGAGAGCACAGCAGCCACCAGCCCCCAGCAGGCUGAGCCUCAGGCUGCCCCGCUGAGACAGCCAUCGCCUGGAGAGACUCCAGCCUGCCUGAUGGGCAAGGUCAGCCAGCUGGAGUCAAUGGUGAAGGUGCUACAGGAUGACUUGAAGAAGGAGAAAGAUGCGAAGGCAUCACUGCAGGCUCAGAUCCAGAGCUUGCGAGAAGACAACCAGCGUCUCCUGGAGGAGUCCUACAGCGCCUCAGCCAAGCUCAAGAAGUUCACAGAGUGGGUCUUUAACACCAUCGACAUGAACUGAUGCACAGAGCUGCCGACUGCUCUACUUUAGGAGUUUGACCACUACUCAAACUGACCUGAAACUCGGUUGUUCGGUUCUGAACUUACAACAGAAUUACUUCUGAAAACUCACGACAUGAACUGUUUCUCUCUGGCUUUUACAAACCAGUGCCAACAUGGACUUACAUGUCAUCCUUCCACAGCCUUGUGAAUCUGUGGUAUAAUCACCAUGAAAGACUACAUUAUUUUUGGGAAAGAACAGGGGAAUAGAAGACAAAGAGCAGUGGUGCGACUGUGUGUCAGUUUUGAUCAGCAUGCACUCCCUUCCUUUGAAUUUCACAAAUAUGAUGCUUUGUGUCCAAUUUAAUGGAUUGUUGUUAUCCCUGCAUGUCACAGACGGCAAGAUGUUGAAACUAACCUAAAGGGAUUUAAAGUUACUGUCCCCAUUUAGUUCCCCAGCUAACCUAAUUACAAGUGAACAGAUUUCCAAUUUAAAAAGCUCCAACACAAUUUAAAAUGUGUUCAACCGAUGAAAGAGUUGGUGAAAGCAGUCCUAUAUUCCUCUGAUAGAGGUCGACUCUUUCCAAGAGUUAGGUGACAGCGUGUUGUUAAUUAGUUGGUGCUUACACGUUCUUCAGACUCACCAAUUCAGUGAUAACAGCACUGAUUAUUUUUUAUUACUAACCAAAAGAAAAGAAGCUAUAUGAGAUGAUGGGAUGUGUCAUUCCCCAUAAGACACUUUGCUUUUUCAGUAGCAGUGUGGGUAGGUAGACACAGACAGACAGACCCUUUGCAUAGCACAUAACUGUAAACACUGUAAGGUCAACUGCCUCUCUGUACUGCCUACGUAAUAAGAUUGUACAAGUGUAUUAUGUUUAAGUACUAGAAGGUUAAAAGCAAGUAAAACUUGUAUAGGACUACUGGUCACAAGCUAAUGAAAAGAAUAUAUAUAUAUAUAUAUAUAUAUAUAUAUAUAUAUAUAUAUAUAUAUUAUCUUAAAAAAAAAACAACACAGAACAAAAUGGGUGCCAUAAAGAUAGAGAUUGACAGUUCAGUGUCACUUAUUCAGAUUAUUGUAAAUAUAUGAUGUUAACGUUUAUUUUCUCACCUCAGUCCUGGAUAUGAUAUGUAAAGAGUAUUUAUGACAAAGAUGAUGGCCAAGAAAAACAGCCAUAUGCAGUUAGAGGUCUGCAUGUAAUUAUUAUGGUCAGUCUCCUAUAUGAGAGAGUAUAUAUCCUUUAAAUCUAAACCAAGUUUUCAACAGGAGAAAACUAAUUUUUAAUCCAAAAUACAAAUUCUCCUUAUUUUUUUUUUUAUUUUAUUUUUAUUGAAAGUCUUUACGGUUUAUUUCCAGCCUUGCCUGCUGCAGUGGAUUGAUUGACCAUGUCACCUAGUGUUGACAACAUGUAAAAUGCUAUAUGGAACUGACCUCCUCCUCCUCCAUCCAUAGCAUGCUAAAAGGGGCUCAAUCUGAUCCGUAUUUCUCUCAAUAGAUUAAAUCGGUACUGUUCAGUAUAUGAUUACAUCAUAAGAUAUUGUGUGAAUCCUGAAAUUCCAGCUACAGAGCGUUCUGUAGCGUGUAGAUCUGCUUGUAAGCCCGGCCUGAAUUUGGUCUAUAGAUGACCAGAUAAAGUCCCUAUUUAAGCCUCCUUUUGUACUCAGAUACUGUGCAACUGUAUAUAAGGAGAAUUUGAUAUUCAUCUGAAUUUGCACCUUCAUUCUUAUUUUCUAAGAUUAUUUUUUGAUAUAUUUCUGCUUUAUUGGCUAGGAUAUAGUGGAGAGUGAAAGGACCGAUAUGAAAGGUAAACUGGGGAUAAGACAGGACAAAGACCAUGAGACGGAGACAGACGAAUGAGUUCCAGGCCCCUAGCACAGCAGAACGCCCCUGCACCUUCAUUCUUAACAUGUGUGACAGCAUGUGAUUCUGUUUCCAUUGAGCUGUGAUGUGUAAAAAUGUUUAUAUCUAUUAAAGAUAUUUUGUUGAAUUACA